ACUCGUAAAUGUCCCAUGUUAUGAUUGGAAAGUAAUUUAAAUGUAUGGUCAUCCCACCAUAGUGGAACAUGAGAACAGAAACGAAAGAGGAGAAAUGAGAUUAACCUGAGCACAAUCAAAAGAUUAACAGGUGCUCUAACUGCAGGUGCCGGUUUUGUGUUUGUUCUGUCCUUACUCAGUAACUUGCGGCUCAGUCGAUAUCUGUUACCGUGAGCACUUCCCUGUUCCACUCUUGCUAAGACAAUGCAUGUGGUCAAAGGUAGCUCUCGGAAUUACUGCUUGUCAAUGAGAGACGGUGGGGAAGCGUCGCAUAAUUUAGCCGAGAAGACAUCCGUCAAGCCAGGAGUUGUCGUGACACAUCAAGAGUUCAUACCCGACAACCACCUGCUGCUGUUUUCAUACUAAGAUGAUAGUUGAAGAUACCAGAAGUGCUGGCAAUCAGACGUGUGAAAAUGGCAUUUCCAUGGGUCUGUUCCUGCAUCUUUCUCUUGUGCCGGCUCUCUUCAUCAUGGCUGUGCUGUCGUUCCUCCAGAGGAGGACUACACUUAUGGCCCUCGACAGCAAGAUCCCUGCUCUCAGGGGCCACUUUGGCAUAGUUGUCCCACUGGACCUGAUCAGCAGCCUCAGUAACAGGUGGUCUUACGGCUUCGCCUUCGGCGCGGUGUCGUCCAGCGUCAUGGUGCUCUUCUCCGAGCGAUAUCUGCCGUUUCACGUCCCGACGUGGGCCAUAGCCAUCGUGUACCUGGUUGGCGCUCUGGAGGUGGGCUUGGCGUAUUUCCCAUUCUUUGCCUGCCUGUCGACCCCCUUUCGGGCGACCGGGGCAGUGCUGGGGUUCCUCUACACUCUAGUGUGGGUUGUAGUAACACUGUGGGACAUUGUGACCUGCCCUGCUGGCCAUAUCCUCGGAAGGUUCCAGAAGCCAGUGCUGCAGUGGCCGUGUAUCCUGUGUCUGGUGUUCCUACUGGGCCGAUUUGUCCACAUGCUGGUGAAGGCCGUCCGCAUCCACCUGGAGCUGGAGGGGGCGGAGGGUCAGGAGCAGUUGCUUCAUAGUCAUCAGGCUCAGUACGUUCAGAUUUUACUGAGCCGUCCUUCCCAACGGAAGAUGGAGCUGAGCUGGUUUCAGAGGAAGGUUUACACCUGGGACCCACUCUUCAAGUUUCCCAACAGGAUGAUUGGCACUUCCAUCAUUUCUCUCAUUGGCCUGUAUAUCAUGACAGUGGCAGACUACAGCCUGAGCGACUACGCCUUCGGCAGUGUGGACGUGUUGAGGGGCUCCCUGGAGGAUCUGAUCGUUUCCUGUAACCUCACAGACCACGCCCUCGCUGCCUGGGUUCCCCAGCUGGAGGAGUUCACUCAAGUGGCCCGGGGUGCCUGGCUCACCACUACAAUUUUUGCCAGCCUGACCUCUGUAUCAUACACAUUUCACGUCUUAGCAUGUUACAGAAAGCAUCUGAAGAGAUUAUGGGCAGGAAAGAAGCAGUUCCUGCCGGAGAGGUACCACCGCCCCAGCCCCGUCGUCAGUGUGGCAGCCAUUGCAAAGUACUCAGGCUGGCAGAUUGCUUUUACUAUGUGGGGCUACCUGAUCAUCCACUUUGUUCAGUUCCUCUUCGCGCUGCUCAUAGCGUACCUGGUGGUCCUUCCUCUUCGUCACGGCAGAGGUCUGGCCAUGCUGUCUAACCUGGGCUUCAUCGUCCUGACGGUGGGCAUAGUGAUGGGUCUGGUCAUCGUGCAGCUAAUUCUUGUUCAGACCUUCUUUCUUCAAGACAAGAUUUCCCCCACUGAUAAACAGAAGCCCUUGGCUCUUAAUAACAGGAGGGCCUUCCACAACUUCAACUACUUCUUCUUCUUCUACAACGUGAUCAUGGGGCUGAGCACCUGCAUCCUGAGGCUGCUGACCAGCUGCGUGCUGGGCACCUGGCUGAUCUCCCGCAUCGAUCGCACCAUCAUGCAGAGGGGCUACGAGUCACUGGACCCAGGCUACAGCACCUGGAUCGGAAUGAUCUUCGCCGACCAUUACCACGGCAACCCUGUCCUGAUAUGCUUCUGCAGCCUCCUGCUGGAGGAGCGGCUCCAGAAGGAGAGAGCAGCCAUGGCGUAUUCCCCGUCAGACUGCACACCGGCCGUAUCAGAUGCAGGCAGCAGAGUAAGACGCCGAUGGCUGCUGCUCUACACCCUGCUGAAGAACCCUCAGCUGAUCCUGCUGAGGAAACGCCCCGCCUCCUCGGGCCACACCCUGGUGGGCCGCACUCCGCUGGACACCGUCGCCCUCGCCUGCGUCCUGGCCUUGCAGAGAAACAGGAUUCAGGGGGAGGCAACCACACCCACACCCAUGAAGGGGGGGCCAGGCAUACCCCCGUUGACUGACUGAUGCCUUUUGGCAAGACCUCUUUCAACACCAAACUGAACAUCCCAUUUCCCCACAAACCCUCAUGCUGAAAAGAUGAAAGAGGAGCCUACAGACAGAGUGAAAGAACACUGCUGUUAAAUACUGCCUCUACCUAAAUGAGAUAAAGGCUCAUUUACACAGCAGCACAGGUUUAGGUAUGUGGAAAGGACUUCCCAAGUCUCUUCAUUAACGUAUUCUGCUUUUAAAUUAAUUUCUGUUGCUUCCUCCUCCAUAAAACGUAAUUUGACUCAGCAAUACUCGUGGCAUUGCAGUAUAAUUCUGAAGGGACUGGGCUUGUAUCAGAAAAGUUUAAUAUUCAAAUCCAAAAUGGGGUAACUGCCUUUGUACCUCAAUUUCCACAGUAUAUAUUCAGGUAUAUACAUGGAUAGUUUGUAAAAAAAAAUUUAAAAAAAAAAAACUUGAGCUGUAUCAGUUGCCCUGGAUACCGGUGUCUGCUAAACAAGCAGAUGUAAAUAUAGACAAUAGAUCCUUUUUGCAACAGAUUAAACAUGUAUUUAACAAUGUAUUUAUAUUUUUUAUUGAUAUAUUUCAUUCCUUUUCUCUUAACAUAAAUGUUUGUAACAACUGA